CACUUCACACUGAGUACAAGAGUUUUCUGUCCUCUUCUCUUCAACAUCAACAUCUUUUUCAUCAUGAUUUCGGACUUUCUGCACGUCGUCCUGCUGUCUCUCUGUAAGUAAACCAAACCUCACUCUAAUUUUGACCGAAUUUACCCUCACCUGUUCAAAUACUGGUUUGUGUUAUCUCCAAGUUAAGUGAAUUCUUAAAGUUAUUUAAAGCCUAUCAUUUCUACAUGUACCUCUCCCUAUUAAUUAAUUAAUUCACUCACUCAUUCAUUCAUUCAUUCAUUCAUUCAUGUUCCUUAGGUGUGUGCCAUGCUCCUGGUUCUCCGGUCACUGAGGACACAGCGGAGGUGAAGACCGUCCUCGGGGGGGACCUGACUCUUCGGUGUCCGGCCACUUUCAAACCUGGGGUCGAGUAUUUAGGCAUCAGCUGGUAUAAGGUAAAGAGAGUUAACUCGUGUCCUCUGCUCUUCAUGUCCUUCUCUUCUUCUUCUUGGCUGAUUUGAAUCCAAACAGUCUUUCUGAACAGACACGUGACCAGCUCUGUAUGAAUGACCUCAUUGAUCAAUCAGGUCAAGUUCAGCAACUGAUCGAAGCAGUACUAAUAGAUGAUGUAUUCAGAUUUAUUUCACUGUUUACAGAUCAUAGAUAGAGACAGGCUUACACUGAAAUUAAUAAUAACAACAAUAAUGAUCAUUUAAAGCUCCUGUGAGGAACUUUUAGGUCGUGUAGCAUAUCAGUUUUUAUAUUUUGAUUUUGUAAAUGACUGACACUUAUUUAUUGUAAUAGUUAAUGUGUAACACAUGAGAAGAAGGUUAUUAUUUUUAUUAUCGUUAUUAUAACCUUUAUUUAACCAGGUUUGUCCUGUUGAGAUCCAAGAUCUCUUUUGCAAGAGGGACCUGGCCAAGAAUGUCAAUCACAUUAAUCAUAGAGAAUACAAAGAAUACAAAAUAUAAUUGAAUUUUCAAAAUAAUUUUAAAAAAGUUUCAAGAUUAGUCAAAAAUUUGUACUCAAAUAAAUCAUUUGCACUCCUGAAGCCUGGAUGUAAUGGAAUUGAUCAUGGAUUUGAAAACAGUCACAGAUACCAGACUUUGGAGUUUCAGGUCUGAUUUGUACUCGGAGCAGAAAAUCUAAAAGUUUUCUUCCCUGUUUCUGUUCUGAUCUUAGGAACAGAAACAGUAAGAACAGGUUAAGAAGGUUUCAGGUUAAGAAAUGAUAAUAUUAACAAUCAUCAGCCGUGUCACUGCUGCUCUUGUUUAGUACUUUAAUGGGAAUGUUUGAGUAAAACUGAAGAUAUGAAGAGUUUAUUUAGUGUCAGAGGAGUUAAAGUGAUGGUGUGACAAGUGUCAACAUCAGCAAAGCUUGUCUUUACUGUGAUUAAUAUGGUUCCUACCAAUCAGCUGACUCCGUCUAAUGAUGUCACAUUAUGAUGUCACAGGCCAUAGAUGCCGCGUCGACUCGUCUCAACGGCAUCCUGACCAGAGACCUUCCGAACGGGACGACGCAGUGGUACGUGGACGUGGAGCGAGAAGUGAACCUGCUGGGCGACUCCCCCGACAUCUUUUUACCCAACAUCACCUGCGCUGACGGCGGGGUCUACACCUGCUACCUGGCUGCACCUCUGGGAGAGCAGAACAGGGAGAAGAAGGUCAUCCUCACUGUUUCAGGUAACAGAUGUUGGAUAUUUCUAAACCUGAGGAAAACGAGACAAAAGGAGCGAAAAUCUCUGACGUGUAUCAUCCACCUCUCAGCCAGAGACACACUUUCAUAGAGAUCUGUUACCGCCGUCAGAGGAGCUUUAACCCACACAGUGAGCUUUAAACACCAAAGAUCCUGUUACUACCAAAGGUUCUGUGUGGGAUGUCAACACACCCCCUCAGGCAUCAGUGACUUUUACAUCCAAUGAGGGGAUUUCCAGCCCUGACCGUGUGUGUGGUUUUCAGUCUGGAGUAUUUGACUCGAGUGUGACUCGGAGGAAAUAACAUGAACUCUUGUGUUUGUCAGGUUUACUACAGCGCCUCGAUCUCUUUAACAUUUCUGCAGAGUCAGUCCAUGAGUCUCAGGCUGGGUGUUAACAUCUACAGAUGAAUCAUCAUGAUUUUUUUAACUCACUUGAAAGUCUUCCCAAGUUUUUCUCUUAUAAUUCAGGAUAAACCAGAAUGUUUUUAAUCUACAAUCCCACUUAGAAACUUUAGUAAACAAACUGGAGAUAAUACCCAUAAAAAUCAAGACUGGAUUACCUGAUUCAGGACGAUCCUGUUGGUCUUCCUCAGGAUUUAUACCCUGAUAGCUUCAGUCCUGUCAGCUGACUUUUGUCGUUCAUGGAGGAAGACACCCUGACCUCUGAGUGGAUCAUUCACUGAUUUUCUGUCCUUAAAUCUUGUCUCCUCCUGAGAUCUGUGCAGCUAAUGUUGGUGUGUUAAAGCAGAAUACUCUAGAUUAGACUUUUGAACGUGAACAUAAUAACUUUGGUUUUCAUUUUUCCCCUCAGGUUGUCCUGAUGAGGCGACAGAAACUCUGAUCACAGACGUUUACUUGGUGGUCAUCGCUGCUCUGCUGCUGCUGUUUUCAUUCCUGCUGUUCAGAAUAAGCUAUGUAAGUAAAUACUAACACACACACACACACACACACACACACACACACACACACACACACACAGCAAAGCCUGGGAGGAUUCAACAUGACUCACAUCAGCCUCUGCUUCUCUUUUUUCUGUCUCAGGUUUGUUUAAGGAAUACUCUGAAAGAAAAACAAGAAAAACAAGAAAAACCGAAAAAAGAGAUUUUAUUGGACUCUGGACUCAAACCGCUCGAUAAAAAGGACCUCAUGUUGAUUUAUACUCUGGGUCCGAAAGCGUCAAAAACAUCCACCAUCUGCGUCUGAAGACAAAGAAACUGCUGGAAACUUCAUCUGCAGGAGGACUGACCGCUUCACGAUCUGGAACCUGGAGGGUCAGACAGGAAAGACAAAAGGGUCCAAACCUGACCCACAAUUACAGAUUUUUAUUAGAGAUGCCCCGAACAAAGAAAAGUUUAAGAUCACAGGUGGACACAAGCGCGAGAUGGUCCUCCCCAGACUGUCAGAGUCAGGCUGGAGGUCACAGACGGGGCAGCCGGGGUCCAGGAAGUCCACUGAACGCUGGGACAGGAUUUACAGUUAGGGAGGAAGAGAAGAUGUCUUUACGUAGGAGACAUUAGGACAACAGUGAUGGGUAAAUAUCUGAGACUUCAGGUCUAAAGUUGUGACUCUGUUUGGAGAAAGUCAUAAUCCAGUACGAUGCUGUUUGUUUAGUGUUUAGAGGAGCAGCCAGACGCCUGCGCUAAGACGAGGAUCGUGGAGAAACUUGUGAAGUUAUACUGCAGCCAAAGUUUCUGUAAUUCUUUAGUCACUUUAACACCUUUAACCUCAAAGUCUCAGGGAAAAGAAAGAAACCAUUGGACAAAGAAGACGCCUGAAAGGCAGCUAAGAAAAAUCGUAUUCAGGCUUUAGUCUCGUUAAAUUAUAACUUCACUCAGGCAGUUUUAUGACCGACUUACUCAGAGAACAUCUCCAAAUAUCACGACUUUAUCCUCAAAUAUAGUAAAAUUGAGAAAAUCUGCUUCCUUAAAACUUUCUCUUUUAAUGCAGUGACUAAAAAAAUCUGCAGUUUCUUCUCCUGAGACUUUAUGUCAGGACUAUAAAGACUGAACUUUGGAAAUACGACGACUGUGAAGACGACUUCUUUGAAUUAUAUGACGACUUCACUUAUUCAUAUCAGGUUUUUAUUAGAUAAAAGGCAACUUAAUUUAGUUCAUAUAAGGACUAAAAUAUGUGAAAUAAAAUAGUUUUGACAGGUUUUCUUAAUAAGACGUGGAGUCUCAUUUUAGGAGAGACCUGUAGACGUACGACUGCACAAUGACGAAAGUACGAUGGUGAUUUAAGGACCUGAUUCUGAGAGGAUCCUAGGACUUCAUAUAAAAAUACUCUGUAAUCUUAACUCAGGUUAGAUUAGAUUGUAGCUUUAACUCUUACAAUAUUAUGAUUUUAUUCCUUAUAACUAAAUUCACCUGAUGGUCCAACAUCAUUCUUGAAAUCUCAGAUAUUUUGCUCUGAAUUCUCUGUUGUAGGAGAAAAACUGAAGAAGAAAUAUUAACGUUGAAAACAAUAAUCUGCCAUCAAAUGUGAUUUUCAUCGAUUUUCAAGAAGGUUUAUGGUGUCGUUUUAAAGAAACACGCCCUGAACUCAGAGCUCCGGUGUUUGUGUUGAUUUUGGCGCCUCCCUAUGGAAGGGUGGUAACUGACACUGAAUCUCUUCCUGUUGUCAUUUUAGAGUGAAUCUCAGUGAUUAUCUUUAAGGGGUGAUUCCUACUUUCCUCCUCGUAUCAGUUAGAGGAUCAAAAACGAUAAAACAGAAAUUGUGGUUCUUGUUCCAGAUCGUCUCAUUCGCUUUAGUCCAUCAAAAACUCCUCAUCGGAGCUUUAACUGCAGUGACAUGGAUUUAACAUGAAACAUUUCCACUUUAACGGAGUCAGACGAUGAAAAAGAGUCCGACCAAAUCACUGUCUUUUGUUCUGCCGCGUGAAUGAAAUUAUCUGAGGACUGUUUUCCCUAAUCGGGAUUUUUUAAACAUGAAAUAGUUUAAAACUGUGUUUGGUUUUGACAUCAUACACUUUAUUUACUUUUUCUAAACUUUGCUGUUUUCUUUUUUCUCUCUUGUUUGUUUGUUUUUUUGUCCGUAACAAUGACGGAUCAAUCAUCCCUCUUUAUUGAUAUGAUAGGAGUCAGUCCUCCAGGGUUGGCGCGGCAACAGUCAGCUGUAAAGAAAUAACAAACCUUAGACUUCUUUGAUUGACCAAUCAGAAUUCAUCAAAGCGCCGGAAUGCUCUGCAUUUUUUAUUUACACUUAUUUCUAUUUAUUAUUGUCUUUCUUUUUAUUGAUUAACAUUUUAAAGUGUCAUUAGAUUACAGGGGGGAUAUUAUGACAUUGAUCACUGAUUUCUGUUUGAUUCUUUCAGACACUGUUGAAUGUUUUAUUCCUAUUGAACUGCACUAAAGAUUGAGCUGGUUUCAUAUCCUUGACUUGUCUCAGUGUAAAAAAAAAAGUCUUUUACAUUGUAAAUGUGUGAAUUUAUCGAUUUAUAAAUUGUUGAAGUUGGAAACUCCACUUUGAGGAGGUGAGAGUCUUUGGAGGCCUUUAAAAACAGGAACUGAAACAUGGUGACUUUUUCCAAACACCUCUGCCCUUUAACUGUUUUUGUUUUGUCUGGACUUUUAUUGUGAUAAGGGGACGCCCCCUCAGACACACACACCUGACAUCACUGUGUGGGUGAUGUUUUUUCAGUUCCUCCUUUUACACAUAAAAAUAAUCCAGAGUACAUCUGUGAAACUCACUUGAUUCCUCUUUGUUGUAGUGUUAUGUUUGGUGUAUUAUAUUCUGCUGUUGUAUCCUAUUUCUAAUUGUUUCAUGGUGGUUUGUGAUGUGAUUAUGUGAAGAUUUAAUUCAUUUUAAGCAGAUUUAAGGCUGAUAAAAUGAGCAAAAAGGAGGGAAAAUGUGCAGAAUUAUAGGAAAGUUGCAGUGGAUCUCCAAAAAGACUUUUAUUUUCAUGUGUGUGUAUUGUGCCAGACUUUUAUUUAUUUUAUUUGAAAUUUGUAAAUACAUCUUUGAAGCGUG